AUGCUGGUGUUCAGAAAAAGGUUUGCCCUGAUUGGCAAAGUGUUCCCAAACAAUGCCAAUUUUGUGAGUGUAGGGCUGGAUGAAUGUUGCAGCUGGAGGCUGGUGUUACAUUUGUAUAACACUCACCGACCUGCUGAGAUGGUAGCACAUUCUAGAACUGAUAAGUAGGUAGUUAAAAUCUCCAUACCAAAUUAAUAUUUUUUAUCAUCCCAAUAAAUAAUGUAAUCAGUGCAGGAGGAGAGGUUACUGCUUUAAUUUGUUCUUCUUAAAUUAAAUAAAAGAUACAAACCUCACCUUGUAAACCUCACUUGCAGCAAUGGUUUUUAGAACAGUGAUUGCUCUUUAUUAGCUUAUCAUGCUUAAAUAGAGUCAGAGGUUAUUAAUAACUGGUUUAGUUAAAUUUGAUCUAAACCAGGGUUUGGCAACAUGAAACAGAGGAUAAACAAUACCUCUGAUGAAGCUUAAGCACUUAAUAACAGGCAUAUGGAUUAGCAUUAUGGGAGCUGUAGUUCAAAAACAGUCUUUGGGUUUUAUAUGUUCAACUGUCUUGAAUCUGAAAACAAAGAAAAUAUAUAUUUUUUUUAUGUCAAAAGAGUCUACACAAGACAUUACAUCAGGGCUGUGUUUCACUGAAAAGUAGAAUAUUUGGUGAUGGUUUGACAUUACUUAAAGGACCACUAUAGUACCAGGAAAACAUACUCAUUUUCCUGGCACUAUAGUGCCCUGAGGGUGCCCCCUCCCUCAGGGUCCCCCUCCCGCUGGGCUCUGGGGAGAGGAAGGGGUUAAACACUUACCUUUCUCCAGCGGGGAGCUUUUCUCCUUCUCUCCUUCUUCCUAGUGACGUCAACGGCUGAAUGUGCAUGCGCGGCAGGAGCCCCGCACGCAUUCAGCCAGUCUCAUAGGAAAGCAUUCAUAAUGCUUUCCUAUGGACGCUGGCGUCUUCUCACUGUGAUUUUCACAGUGAGAAGCACGAAGCGCCUCUAGCGGCUGUCAAUGAGACAGCCACUAGAGGCUUUAGAGACAAGAUUAACGCAGUGUAAACAUAGAAGCUUCUCUGAAACUGCUAUGUUUAUAAAAAAAAGGGUUAAUCCUAUCUGGACCUGGCAACCAGACCACUUCAUUAAGCUGAAGUGGUCUGGGUGCCUAUAGUGGUACUUUAAUUCAACGAUUUGCUAAGGAUCCAGUUUUCCUUGGUAAUGAUCAUAAAAUGAUCUGAAUGAUGCUUAUGAUCACAGAGAAGCAAUUCAAGGUAAUAAACACAGGAACAAAUGAUGUCACCUGUUUCUGUAUUAAAAAAAAAAAAGUGCUCUGCAUUACUUGGUAAAACUUUGGAACAACUAAUGACACACAUGUAUAAUCCAUAAGACAAUGAAAAUAGCUUAUAUAAGGCAAUAAAAUAGCUUUUAACCCACAAAUGCUUUAAGAUAACACACUCUUUAAAUUCCCAAUUGUCCAAUGCUAUUUUUAUGUAAAAUACUACUUUUUAAAUCUUAAUUUCCCAAUGUUGUUUUUACUUAAAUUACCAAAGUCUUAUGGCUUAAUUUGGUUAAGUCUAGUAAUUGACACUGCAAAAGAAACCAUUCAUUUGGGCGGUGAAGAGUUACAGAACAUUAAAAGCUUAUAUAUGAAUUUAGGGCUUACAUCCAUUUUCUUAUGGUAAUGUUAACUUUAGCUGUACAGAGCCAUUUUUUUCUGUGUAACAUAGACAGUGUCCACCUUCUCUAGAACAUCGUACCAAACCUGCUAUAGGGACAAUUCAAUAUUCUGCCUGCCAUAGGAGAUCAUUUAUUAAAGGAGAUGCUACUUAUGUGGACCAUAUUUGAGACUGUACUUUAGCCAUUCGUUGCCCAGAGUAACAUAACACAUUUGUUAAACUUCAGGAAUUAUUCAAUAAACACCAAACUGUAGUGAACUGAAAAGGAAAUUGCACACUUUAAGAAAUAACAGCUGCUAUGGAUAUCCUCUAACUCACCUAUACUCACAGCUUGUUUAUUCUGGCCUAAAUGUUACACUUUGUUUUUCAAUUUACUCCAAUACAGCAAUUUGGUGUUCACAGAAUAAACCCAUCUUGCUAAAUAAAACAGUCAGAUCUGAAUUAUUUCCACCAAAUUUAGUUAAGAUGUCCUUUAAAUGCUUUUCAUACCAUGACCACGACUCAAGAAUGUCAAGGAUGAAUGUACGUACCAUACAAUUAAAUUGUGCUAUAUUUAAAUAUAAAACUAAAUUAUUAUUUUUUUUUUCAAUUAACAGUUAUAAUUAGUUAUAAAAAAUAAAUUAUGCUCCUGAGAAUUAUUGCACAUCUGCACAGAGCUAUAGGCAUGUAAUGUGGCCAAUACCUCACCCAGAUAAUGACACAUAGACCCAGUAUCUAGGUUACAGUGCUCACCAUUCGUUUUUAACCUAAAAUUGAUGUGCAUAUGCUAUGACACACACAACUUUUAUUAAAAGAGAAGUGUAAACAUCAUGUACAUAUUGUCCCCUCUCUCCUUCCUCGUUGAUGGUCUACAACAUCCAAAGUUCAUUAAAUGCAGUAGAUGGGAAGAGAAUCAUGGGAGUUUUAACUGGGCAAUAUCUGGGGGCAGAGUUUAACCCUUUAAGGACACAUGACAUGUGUGACAUGUCCUGAUUCCCUUUUAUUCCAGAAGUUUGGUCCUUAAGGGGUUAGGAUGCCCUCUUUGGUCUACUGGCUUUGCAGUAAGUCCAUGGAGCUUAUUCACUGAACUCUUAAUUGCAACAAUAGAACUCCACAUGGCGGUACUUAGGCAAAAAUAACAUUUCUGCAAAUCAUCUAUAGCACCGGUUGGCUAAGUUCUUCCUAUAUUUUGCCACUCAGAUUGCAAUUCACUAUAAUUCAGAGGUCAGUAAAUAAACAUUCAUGAGUUCUGGUCAGGAACUAAAAGAAUUGGUUUCCAAUUCAGGUCUUUUUGCUUAUAGUUUCAAUUCCUAGGUAAGUGAAUCAUUUAUAAUGUAAUGUAAAUAAUAAAAAUAGGACGGUUUCCAUUUAAAGCUUGGGGGAAAUGUGACUCAUACAUUAGUAAUUAUGGGAUGCUGCUGCAGAGUUAUUCACUGAAAUGAGAAUUCAAAGUGAACUUUAAAUUUAAGUUCAAAAUAGACCUUAUAAUUUGGUUAACCUACCAAUAAAGGUAUUUAUAAAUCUGUUGGGAAUUAAGCGCAUUGCAAAGUAAACAGAUUUUUUUUACCUACUAUGUCAUAUCUGCACUUUACUUUAGAUUACAAAUGUUUAAAAAAAAUAAAUCAUAUACAAAUAGUUAACAUUUUAUAAUUUGGACACAUACUUUUCUAUUAUGCAACAGGACGUAAAAACACAGAGGUUUAUUUACUAAACAGUGGAUUGCAGUGAAGCAAAAACUGAUUUUGCACAUUUGAGGGCAAAACAGGUAUUUAGAAAAGAAACAAAAAAUGGUCCAACUCAGUGCUAAAUCACAGCUUGGCCAUUUAUAGGGAUACCAUGUCCAUCAUGUUUUCUGGAAUACAUCAUUUAUACAAAUUGAUUAGGCAGCAUACAGAAAGUGCUGCCCUGCAGUGUGUAGAAGUCACAUGCUGCAGUUAGUAAAUCAGGCGAUAAAUCAGUCAGUAAUCCUGCAAUAGCCAUAAUACAGGGCAGCAUUUCCAUGUGCUGAAAGUCAUAAUGAUUUAAUUAUGUGUCCAGGAGAACAUGCUGGAUAUGGCAACCCUAUUAUUAUUUAGGUUUUUUUAUUCACUGUAUUUCAUUGUUUGUUCUUUAGUGGAUACAUUGUUUCAUUUUUUAAAAUUUUUUUUUAAAACAAUAAAUUGGAAAAACUGGAAACAAACUGCAACAUUUUACAUCAGCCCAGCUGUAAAUAAAUAAAUACUAUCCUGAUUUACAAUAAUAAUAUAUAAUGUGCCCAGCUUGUUCCUGAGAGGUUUCCUGAGGUUUUUCCUGGAGUUAGUAGAUGAUGGGAGACUCCCCUCUGGCUGUUACAGUCACUCUGUGCUGCAGUAACCCCAGCAUCCCAACCCCAACCUGCUCUUCCGGUUUGCCCACCUGCGGCCACCAGGUAAGGGCGUGUGCCAGGGGAGGCAGCGCGCAUGCGCACACACUCCUCCUGGGCUACGUUGCAGGAUUGUCUCACCUGAGUCCAGCAAAGCGGAAGUGGGAGCCGCCGCGGCCAGCAGCAGCCGAUCUAUCCCCAGCAGCAUCUUCUCCAUCAUCAUCAUCAUCACCCCGGUAACAGGAGCCCCCGUCCUCCUCCUCCUCUACCUGCCGGACCGAGGACACAGAGCGGGGACAGGCAGCCAGUGGCGGGGAGCGGCUAAACGGAGUGUGAGUGCUCCAUCACUGUGAGUAACUUCCCAAACCAAGUGUGAGUGCUCCAUCACUGUGAGUAACUUCCCAAACCAAGUGUGAGUGCUCCAUCACUGUGAGUAACUUCCCAAACCAAGUGUGAGUGCUCCAUCACUGUGAGUAACUUCCCAAACCAAGAGUGAGUGCUCCAUCACUGUAACUUCCCAAACCAAGAGUGAGUGCUCCAUCACUGUAAGUAACUUCCCAAACCAAGUGUGAGUGCUCCAUCACUGUAAGUAACUUCCCAAACCAAGAGUGAGUGCUCCAUCACUGUGAGUAACUUCCCAAACCAAGAGUGAGUGCUCCAUCACUGUACCUUCCCAAACCAAGAGUGAGUGCUCCAUCACUGUAAGUAACUUCCCAAACCAAGUGUGAGUGCUCCAUCACUGUAAGUAACUUCCCAAACCAAGUGUGAGUGCUCCAUCACUGUACCUUCCCAAACCAAGAGUGAGUGCUCUAUCACUGUAAGUAACUUCCCAAACCAAGUGUGAGUGCUCCAUCACUGUAAGUAACUUCCCAAACCAAGAGUGAGUGCUCCAUCACUGUGAGUAACUUCCCAAACCAAGAGUGAGUGCUCUAUCACUGUACCUUCCCAAACCAAGAGUGAGUGCUCCAUCACUGUAACUUCCCAAACCAAGAGUGAGUGCUCCAUCACUGUGAGUAACUUCCCAAACCUAGUGUUAGUGCUCCAUCACUGUGAGUAACUUCCCAAACCAAGUGUGAGUGCACCAUCACUGCGAGUAACUUCCCAAACCAAGUGUGAGUGCUCCAUCACUGUACCUUCCCAAACCAAGAGUGAGUGCUCCAUCACUGUAAGUAACUUCCCAAACCAAGUGUGAGUGCUCCAUCACUGUACCUUCCCAAACCAAGAGUGAGUGCUCCAUCACUGUGAGUAACUUCCCAAACCAAGUGUGAGUGCUCCAUCACUGUGAGUAACUUCCCAAACCAAGUGUGAGUGCUCCAUCACUGUGAGUAACUUCCCAAACCAAGUGUGAGUGCUCCAUCACUGUGAGUAACUUCCCAAACCAAGUGUGAGUGCUCCAUCACUGUGAGUAACUUCCCAAACCAAGUGUGAGUGCUCCAUCACUGUGAGUAACUUCCCAAACCAAGUGUGAGUGCUCCAUCACUGUGAGUAACUUCCCAAACCAAGUGUGAGUGCUCCAUCACUGUGAGUAACUUCCCAAACCAAGUGUGAGUGCUCCAUCACUGUGAGUAACUUCCCAAACCAAGUGUGAGUGCUCCAUUACUGUAACUUCCCAAACCAAGUGUGAGUGCUCCAUCACUGUAACUUCCCAAACCAAGUGUGAGUGCUCCAUCACUGUAACUUCCCAAACCAAGUGUGAGUGCUCCAUCACUGUAAGUAACUUCCCAAACCAAGUGUGAGUGCUCCAUCACUGUAAGUAACUUCCCAAACCAAGUGUGAGUGCUCCAUCACUGUAACUUCCCAAACCAAGUGUGAGUGCUCCAUCACUGUAACUUCCCAAACCAAGAGUGAGUGCUCCAUCACUGUGAGUAACUUCCCAAACCAAGUGUGAGUGCACCAUCACUGUGAGUAACUUCCCAAACCAAGUGUGAGUGCUCCAUCACUGUGAGUAACUUCCCAAACCAAGUGUGAGUGCUCCAUCACUGUGAGUAACUUCCCAAACCAAGUGUGAGUGCUCCAUCACUGUGAGUAACUUCCCAAACCAAGUGUGAGUGCUCCAUCACUGUGAGUAACUUCCCAAACCAAGUGUGAGUGCUCCAUCACUGUGAGUAACUUACCAAACCAAGUGUGAGUGCUCCAUCACUGUGAGUAACUUCCCAAAACCAAGCGUGUGAGUGCUCCAUCACUGAGUAACUUCCCAAACUAAGUGUGAGUUACCCAUUACUGUAACUUCCCAAACUAAGUGUGAGUGUUCCAUCACCGUGUAACUUCCCAAACCAAGUGUGAGUGCUCCAUCACUGUAACUUCCCAAACUGUAUGUGAGUGCUCCAUCACUGUAAGUAACUUCCCAAACCAAGUGUGUGAGUGCCCAUCACUGUAAGUAACUUCCAAACCAAGUGAGUGCUCCAUCACUGUAACUUCCCAAACCAAGUGUGUGAGUGCUCCAUCACUGUAACUUCCCUAAAACCAAGUGUGAGUGCUCCAUCACUGUGAGUAACUUCCCAAACCAAGUGUGAGUGCUCCAUCACUGUGAGUAACUUCCCAAACCAAGUGUGAGUGCACCAUCACUGUGAGUAACUUCCCAAACCAAGUGUGAGUGCGCCAUCACUGUGAGUAACUUCCCAAACCAAGUGUGAGUGCUCCAUCACUGUGAGUAACUUCCCAAACCAAGUGUGAGUGCUCCAUCACUGUGAGUAACUUCCCAAACCAAGUGUGAGUGCUCCAUCACUGUGAGUAACUUCCCAAACCAAGUGUGAGUGCUCCAUCACUGUGAGUAACUUCCCAAACCAAGUGUGAGUGCUCCAUCACUGUGAGUAACUUCCCAAACCAAGUGUGAGUGCUCCAUCACUGUGAGUAACUUCCCAAACCAAGUGUGAGUGCUCCAUCACUGUGAGUAACUUCCCAAACCAAGUGUGAGUGCGCCAUCACUGUGAGUAACUUCCUAAACAUAGUGUGAGUGCUCCUUCUCCACCACUGUGAGUGAGUACAACUUCCCAAACUUCAGGCAACUUCGGGGCCUUGGGGAGUCUGUCCUCCUCUCUGCCAUGGUGUCUGCUCCUCACUGACUGCUCUCCCUGGUUCAGGAUGGUGGAGUAAUAUAUUAUAAUAUCUACUUAUUACUGACUGUCCCCCCUGAUACAGGAUGGUGGAGUUACAUCUUAUUAUAUCUACUUAUUACUGACUGUUAACAGGUUUAGGUCAUCUGUUUUUAAAAGUACAUAUUUAAUUUUGAAAAUCAAUUGGUUAUGGUGUGAAAUCAUUUAACAAGUAGGAACGUAGGGAGAGUUUUGCUGUUGAAGAAUUCAGGCAUUGUUACAUCUGCUUUGGAGUGCGCUACUGAUGACUGUACAAUGGGAAGAAAAUCAUUCGUGUCUGUAAAAAAUGCUGCAUAGAAAGCUUUUCUGACAUGACACAUAUCUUAAGUUGCUAAUCUUAACAGGAUAGGGUAAUGUGGUUUUGCACACUCCAUUUCUGGCUAAAGAAAAUAGCUAUAUGUGCUAAAGGACACUGAAUGAGAAAUAUUUCUCUUUGUACUGAGUGCUAGAAUUUCAUGUUUAUUUUUUUAAUUCGGUAAACUGGUCGGUUUUAUUUAAAAGCAAGGAUUUUUUGAGUACGUUUUGAGGGGGGAAAUGUUUUUUUUUUUUUUGCCAAUCUGAUUGUGCCUGUACAACAAAAAGCACAUUCCUGUGAAAAUAUGAGAUUUUUUUUUUGCCAAAUGCACUUUAAUUUUAAAUUUUUUUUGCAAUAUACUAUUAAACUCUAUAAACUUGUAUCACUGAAAUCUAUAAAUGUACAGUUCUAUCACAUGAACAUAUUGCUUUUUAUUGUAAAAUGGACAACACAAACUGAUAAUUCUGUAAGGAAUUAAAAAGGAGUCCUUGAUCAAACUACCUCUACAAAUUAUAUAUAUAUAUAUAUAUAUAUAAACUCCACCAUCCUGCAUCAGGGGGGACAGUCUGUAAUAAGCAGAUAUUAAUAUAAUAAGAUAUAAUUUAUACGUAUAGCAGUGGUUCUCCAAACCCAAAUGGUUCAUGAAUUAGAAAUUGUGUGCUGCCAAUCCAAUGGGAGUAUUGACACACUUUGACCUCUAUGGGGUGUUUGAAGACCAUGAUGGGGACCAUUGGGAUAUAGCUUUGUGUAUAGGCCUGUUGGUCUUAUAUCUAAGCUUUCAAAUAUGGUCUAUGGAUUUGCAGUACAUGCUUGGUUUUUAUACAGUUUUAUACAGUUCUCUUAGUAUGGCUAGAAACUAUUCCUAGCCAUAUCACCUUUUCUGCGGACAUCCCUGUACACAAAGGAUGCUGCACUAAAGGAUGGGAACUGAGGCAUUAAAAAUGACAUAUUUUAAUACUUUUUUCUUUUUUUAAUAUAAAUUGUAGAGGUAGUUUGACCUAGGACUGUCCUUUUUAAUUCCUUACAGAACUAGCAGUGUUGUCCAUUUUACAAUAAAAAUUGCAUGUAUACAGUUUUUCAAAUUCUGUCUGAAGACACAGUGGAUCCUUCCUCAGCUGGACUCCCAGGCUAAUUUUAGUAUUGCAGACUUUCCCGGAGUUACAGACAACAACAUCAAAGGCAGUACUGCCAAGUGACUCUUUUUAAAUAUUAAAGGGAAUACAUCAAUAAAACAAGAAAGAACUCUGUUGUUACGCUUAGGUGAGAAAUGCUGUCUCUUUAUCAUUAAAGUGAUCUUGUGACCUAAUGCUAAAUUCAUUAGUGAAUAACAUAACAAUUCCUUAUGCUGUAUGAACACCUUCAAAAGACUUCAUGGCACUUUUGUCCUGCUAGAUUGGGACUGGAGGCUGGGUGGGCAUAUAUCAGGGACAUGACUUGUUUCACUGAUGACAUUCAAAGGGCAAGCCCACUGUAAAAAGCAGACAUGCCUACUCCAUCUCAGCCUGGUAUGAUUGCAGUUCUGGAUGACUGUGAGCCUCGCUUGACAAACCUUCUAUGGGCUGCAUAUGCACAGAAUAUUUUUUGAGUAGCUUUACCCAUGGAUUAAUGCCAAGAGAGCACAUAGCAUACCAUGAGCACAUUUAUUGGUAUAGGUCAAAAAAGGGACAUCUUUUCUGGUAUCUCCAGAUGCUGGACACCACAAAGCUAACCCACGAGGGUAGGACAUAAACACACAUUCUGGACCAUCCACACUAAGCAAUGGAUAGUUGUGUGUAAUACAAUGCUAUUUUAUAUUUUCUUUCUGAAUUGAAGUUUUUUGUUCCAAGCACUCGUCACAUCCCAUUACGCUACUAAUUACAAAUGUGCCCAUAAGUCGAGACAGGGGGGAUAUGAUAGAAACAUUUAAAUAUAUAAAGGGAAUCAACACAGUAAAGGAGACUAUAUUUAAAAGAAGAAAAACUACCACAACAAGAGGACAUAGUCUUAAAUUAGAGGGACAAAGGUUUAAAAAUAAUAUCAGGAAGUAUUACUUUACUGAGAGGGUAGUGGAUGCAUGGAAUAGCCUUCCAGCUGAAGUGGUAGAGGUUAACACAGUAAGGAAUUUAAGCAUGCAUGAGAUAUGCAUAAGGCUAUCCUAACUAUAAGAUAAGGCUAGGGACUAAUGAAAGUAUUUAGAAAAUUGGGCAGACUAGAUGAGCCGUCACAUUCUAUGUUUCUAUGUUUUUUGGUUUUUUUUGUAUUUCUGCUUCUGAUGAAUGGACAUAUUGGGAUUUGUUCACAGAACAACUGAUUUUACAGAUGGAAAACCAAAUAGAAAAAUGUAGUUAAAAAUAGUUAAGAUGUAACUUUAGUUAAGCUGGCGAAUUUUUUUUUUUUUUUUUUAAUUUUGUAACUUUACACUUUUCCACCUUUUUAUGUUUCCGUGCUUUCCUUGUUACUGCAUUGCUUUAUGCCAGAGCUCUUAUCUAACAGUUCCAAAAGAAGGAUGCAUGCGUAUCACACCAUUCUGUGCUCUGUGUUUUUGUAUUUUUAUCAUUCCAUAGUUAUGGUGCAGAAUAUUGCUUGUGAUGCUGAUUUUGUUUAUAAUUCUGUAUUCCACUUCUUUGCUUGCCAAUUUGUCAUAAUGUACUGCCCUGUUCCUUAAUUCUGCAAUACUAUUGUAAGCUUAGGUGUUAAAAUCACCAUUGACCGGAAGUGUUUGAAUAUGAUGUUUAUAGUAUGCUCGUGUUUGUUUGCAGUGUUUAAGUUUAAUCUUUCAGUGUGUGUUAUUCUUUGCCUCUCUGAGUGCAUUUUCUGCCCACUGAAUGUCUCCAAAUUUUGUAUGAAACAACAACCAUUGAAUGGUCAGCUCUGGCUAAGUUUGCAAUCUUACCCCAGGUAGUUUAUUAUAAAACAAGCCGUCAAGUCAAGGGGAAACUCAAUGGAAACUUAAACUUCUGAGCGGCUACUUUGUAGUAAGUGUAAGACACCUUGGGAUUCAUAGUAUUAUCCAUCAAAUAGAGGCUUCUUUCAGUUUUUGGAAGGCUAAAAUGUGACAUUUGUGAAUACAUCCCUCUCUUCCUGUCUAGCAAACACCAUGCAUUAUCUCUAUUUAAGGAAUGAGAGAAGGCUUGGUGCACAUGCCUUGAGUUAUAAAAAGUUGCAGAUUAUAUUUCAACACUACUAUUUAGACUUAAAUUCAGCAACCUAGUUCACAAAGGACUACAACUGUAUUAUUUACUGAAUAAACCCCAUGUAAUAUUUUACACAUUCUCACUCCCCUUAGCUCUGUUAAACUUGAAAUGAUAUGACCUGACAGAUACAUUUUCUGGCUUUAUAGAUCUGAAACCUUGUGAUCGAUGGUUUGUAGGAAAGCCCAACCAUUAUAGAGAGAAAACCAAUCCGUAAGAACAGUGCUUCAAAAUUAUGUUACUCACUUUAUAUAGUGUGUUUCUACAGGAUAUAGUCCACAUGAACUCUAAUUUUAACACAAAAAAAGGAAGGAUAUGCUUCUACAUCUUGUCAUGAAUAUAUGCUUUUUGUAUUUGUAUAUGCAUGAGAAAUGGUAGGAGGCAUAAUGACUUGUAAUUGGAGCAAUUUACUCUUAGCAAACAUCAGUUGUUAUCAACAUGAUAAAGAAAACAAACAGUGCCUAUAUACAUGUUCCAUUCAUCUGUGACUGCCUAUGCCUGGAUUUCGCCAAAGUUUUUACUAUGAUAACCAGGGAACACCACAAACUGUGACAAAAAUUAAGCAACCGAGAAUUCCCACGCCCCCUCCCAAAUGGAAUAUGCCUUACCUUCUAAUAUAAUUCUAUUAGAUGGAGAGUGGGAAGUUCAGUAAGCCAUGCUCAACUGGCCUCACAAGUUGACAAGUAAGGUCUCACCACAAAACACAUUUUAUUCAUUCAUAGGUUCACUGUAACAUUGUUGCACAGUUUUUUUGCUCAACAACCUUCCCUACACCACAAGGGCAGAAGUCAUGUCCCCCCUUCCCCAUCUGUUAAUGGAGAUCCUUUAUGUGCCCUUCUAGGUUGCUGCCAUUGCUUUUCUGCUAAUAGAGAAUAGUAGAUGACAGAUGAUUGGUAAAUGCAGGACUUUUAAACUGAAUAUUUCUAAAAUAUGGGUGGUGUAAGUGUUUCUACUUUACUUCUAUUGGCUGCAGUUUAUCAUGUUUACUUUAAAUUUGUAAUUUAAUGUAAAAAAAAGUUUUAAUCUGUUAAUCUAUUUAGCGUUGAAUUUCUUUAAUUGACUCAUUAAAAUCAUUCAUUAGUGCUGUUUCUGCCUGGCAUGAUGUUAGGGCACCACAAGCUACAUUAAAGAAAAGCAUCAUAAAGUUAAUUUUCUUCUGUGAAUCUAAAAAGGUUUUCAUACUCGGAAAACGUCACACAAUGCUCAGUGUUAGAUUCUAUUGCAUGUUUUGUUAGUUUAAGUGCUAGAUCAAUUAAAUGUGUAAACCGAGAGUAUCCCCUAAGGACUGAUUGUGUCACUGAUAUGCCUGCUCAUUCCAUAGGACACAUUAGAUGGCUUUCUGUGCCUCUUUAUUCAGAGACAUUUAAGAACCAUCAAAUAAUAAAAAAAUUCCUCCGGGGGUCCAGAAAUAGAAGCUAUUAAUGGAUCUCCUGAUGGUAUUGUGUUAGCUGUGUAUUAAAAAUAUGUAUUCGUCAUAUAGAUCAUAGUAUUUCCUAAGGAACUGCUGUGCACCUGGUAUUGGUCUGAGGGCCAUAAAAGACUAGAUCUUCAUACUAUUCUCUAGAUGUGUCCCAAGCAUGCAUUUAUUGGCAAAAGGGAGAAAGUAAAGUUUGUAGGUUUAGGUGACAUUCCAUAAUUGUAUUAUUUUAUGGCCCAAGAUGGGAAAAAAUGUGAUUCAAAUGCUGUCACUUCAGUUCCUGUGGUGCAACAGCUUAAGUUUGACUCACGUUUAACUAUUUGAAGAUAGUACCACGACCCAGCCUGGGAACUCGUACUAUUGAAAUGACUCCUUAUUUAAAAAAUAAAACACAGUUUAAAUCCAUAACUACAUCCUACUGAAUAAAUAAUAUUUUUAAUUGGGGCAGUUUUAUGAUAUACUUGUAUAUUUGUGAUAGUGUUAGAGACAAAAUUGAAAAUGCAUUGACGCUCUCUCUCCUUGUAUUUCUUAUAUGUAAGUGAAUCCUUAACGUUGGUCCUUAAAGCUGGUCCAUGCUGCUGGGAUUGAUGGAAGAAGACAGAGUUGCAUGGUGUGUUAGAAUUUGGCACCAGCUAUGAGUAUAGGUUGUACAAAUACUGAAUCCCACCAGAUUCACUCUUGGAACAGAUUAUCAGGCUGCAUGCUAAGUACCGGAGAGAACUAGAACCUUGUGCUAUUAAUUUUUUAAAUAUAGGAUGAAUAGAAUGUUUCUCCGUAUAGCCUGAGAGACAACAUACCUAUAUAUGGCUAAAUUUGGAUAAGGAAUAAGGCUUAGCUGCAUAUCCUAAAUGGAUAAGCGGAAAAAAACAAACAGAUUUUUCCAAUGUAAUACUUUUACUGAUAUUUUUUUAUGAAAACCGUUUUAACGAAAAUCAGGAUUAUGUCAGAACUUUACUGUUGUUCACCUGUGUAAUGUGAUUUUUUUUAUUUUUUUUAUUUUUUUUUUCCAUGGAAAUUAUUUAAGCAUUCUUGUCCUCUAAUUAGCCUUACAUUCUGUACUAUCAAGAGAUUAUUUUUUAAAUCAAACUGUCACCAUGUUUCUGCACCAGUUUAAAAAUACUAACAAAAGAGCCCAACCAAAUGAUCAAUGAAAUAAGUACAAAAUUUAAAGAGCUGCUAAACACAUAAAAGAUUAUUCCCCAAACCUUGUAAAACAAACUAAAAAUGUAGAAAAGUGUCAGCGCCUGAUGAAUAGUCCCCAAGAGUUAGUGCAAAUGGGUCAUAUGUGAUGAUAUUCAGUUCUUAUUAUGCAGAGUACAAAAACUGAAUUUUAUAUCACCUCUACAGCGGUGGAUAUGUAGGGUUUCAAGUAGUCUGGGUUUUUCGGUGUUGCAUCAAGCAUAUAAGGCACCAUGUAUCCAAUAGAUAAAAUAUUUUUCUGUGUACCUUAAAAGAUACAAAGAAACAGGAUAUAGUGUAACACAGUUUAAUAUACACAAAGAAAUCCCCAACCCCUAAUGGAAACUCUUACACGGUAAAAAAAAUGUGGUUCUAAGUUUCCCAAAACCACAAGCAAAUUCUCCAGUAAUAUAAGUGUGUUCAUAAGGCAACGGUUACCACUCCGUCGGAGCAGCUAGAUCCACCAAAGUCCUAGGUGUCAAGCCGCAAGUGUGAAAGCCGAACUGGAAGGACGCCGUAAUGAAACACUGAUGGAGAAGUCUGUUCACAGGUAAGUAUGCAGGCCGGUCUCCAAUCUACGCGUUUCGCCCGAGCUCGGUGAGCUUUUUCAAGAUAAGGAGGUAGCCUUACUGUGUUUUCCUUAUAUAUCCUUGACGUUUCAAUUUCAGAUUGGUACUGUCUUAAAGGUAUAUUCUCUGCUGUGGCAGAGCUUUCCCUAUCUCUUUCAACAGUGUUGUAAAUUGUACCCAUUCUUUGCUAAGAAUGGUUAUAUUCUUUUUAAAACAUAAAAUUAUUCAUUUAUAUUGUCUCUAAAGCAUAAAAUUACAUAUUUAGAUCCAACAUAAAAAACUUUCUUCAUACGCAUAAGUAAAUUUACUUUAUAAUAUCUAUACAGGUCACGCAUAAAAAAAUCUUGUCUUAAAGGUGCAUUCCCUGCUGUGGCAGAGCUUUUCAUGUCUCUAUUGACAUUUAUAUUGUACAUUAUGACUAAUCAUUGCUAAAAAAUUGUGUAUAGUCUUUUCAAAACAUAAAAUGGCACAUUUACCUGUUCUUUAAAAUAUCAACUUUUAUAUUUAGAUGUGCUAUAAUAGAUAACAUUCUCCAUAUUUUCAAAAAUACAUUUGCAUUUUAAUAUUCAUAAAAAAGACACUCCUUAUCAAAAAAAAUAUUUUUGAACGUAAUGCAAUAAAUUUACUAAUGAUAAUUACUAAGAUCAAUAGAAGUGGAAAUAUUGUGGUAUUUAAAAUAAUUGUCAGUCAAUCAUUAAAGUGGUGCUUUAAUGAUUGUUCUAAUUAUUGAGGAAUCUUGCUUUGUCUCAAAUGAGAAUAUGGCAACAUCGGGGAUAGAGUGUUCUAUCUAUCAGAUUCUAGAAAAGAGGGCGUAUGUAUCGUAACCAAAAAGCUCCACUUGUCGUGAUUGGAGAAAAUGUACUAUAUUAAUAUCAUUCACAAUGUAUGGUGGUGGAGGUGGAAUAAAAUUCUGUUUUUGAUCUCUGCAUAAUUAGGACUGAAUAUCAUCAUAUAUGACUCAUUUGCACUAAUUCUUGGAGACUAGUCAUCAAGUGAUGACACUUCUCUAAGAUUUUAGUAUGUUUCUGCACCAAAGGCAGAAUUUCGUUUAAUUUUUUUAUUUUUUAUUUUUUUUAAAUAGGUGUGUUGGCUGACAUGGGUUUACAUUAAGGGGUUAAACUAAGUCUAUGUCUCUUUUUACUUGUUAACUUACUGAAAUUGAGACUUUAGACCAAUACAGCUCAUUGUUAAUUACUUCUGUUUACAGCAAACACAAAUGUAAUGAAGUAUGUCAAUAUUUGGGCUCAUCUGUAGUUCUAUUAUUUCCUUGAGCAUACAUGGGUUUGUGGAAAAAGAGGCCUACUAGAUCAACAAUCGUACAUUAUUACAUGCUUUAAAAGCAUGUCGUUCUUGGCAAUGUUAAUAUAUUUACAUCGUUCAUAAGCUGAAAAGAAGAAUGCUUCCAUCAAGUUCAGCUUUUAUCACAUCUGUUUUUGCUGUUGAUGAAGGAGAAUGCAACAAACUUUCCAACGCAACAAACUAGAAAAAAAUUAUUUCUUCUGAACCCCAGAAUGUCAGUCCGUUUUCUCCUUGAAUCAUGAAGCUGUUAUCCCACAUAUUGGGAUAUCCCCAAUGUUGGCACCCUUGGUCCCAUCAAUGUGUUGGGACUCAGUGGUUUAAAUGUGAUAGCUCCAUCUUACAUACACUGCCCAUGUACUUUUAUUUCAAGUUCUUCCCAUACUUACAGUUAAGACUGGGACACUACGAGGUGAUACUGAGCGGUUUGGGCUGUACUUUAUAUUUUUCUCAAAAGUAUUUUCUAUUGGUUUUACAUAUUUUUGAAACAAAUGUUUGCAUAAUCAUGAAAUACUCCUAGUAUUUCCUCUGUCCUCAGCCUGGGCUCUUGGUUAGGAGUACUUAUAUGCUCUAGACUGAGGCACCUCAUACUAUAUGCUACUUUUUUGACCACUCUUUAUUUUACUAGCAGUCUUAUAUUUGCCUCUUCAUAUACAAACUGUUGUAAUUCCUACACGGUUCACCUGAUUUGGAUGUAAAUACCCUCAAAUUAAAGCUGAAAGUCUGCAGCUAAAGCACAUCUUGUUCAUUUCAUUUCAAAUCCAUUGUGGUGGUGUAUAGAGCCAAAAAGAUUAGAAUUGUGUUGAUGUCCCAAUAUUUAUGGACCUGACUGCACAUACCUGCAAACCAGAAUAUCAGGGAGAUAAAACAAUUGACACUUUUGUCAUCCACAAUUUAUGCUUUUUAAGGUUUUACCAGUCCGGUCAGUAAAAAAAUUGAAUUGCUCAUUUUCUAACACUUGCUGUUGAUGUUUAUGCUUUAUUCAUGUGGUGUUUUUGUUUUAUUCCUUUCUUAGGUUUGUGUCCUGCGACCAUAUUCGUAAUGGAACAUUGUUUUGUAGAAUGAUUUUUAUUUCAAUUCUAUUUAUUUUUGCUUAAACAUUCAUAAACAUGAAGAUGCCUACCUUUAAGAGACUUAUUUUAGGAAGACGAUUUUUACAUUGGAAGAUUGGUGCAAUAACACUUGUAUUUAUGGGAUUUUUAUUUUUAUUACAAAGAGAAGUAGUAGACAGAGAGAGAGAUGAACUUGGAGUUCAGGGAGGCAUUUACAAAAAGAAAAAAAUGCUAGACAUGGUGAUAGAUGCCGUCAACAAUAUUAAAGAUGCUAUGCCAAAAAGGCAGAUAAUUGCACCAGUCAGACAAAAUGACAAUGAUGGUAAGAGACAGUGCUUGCCUGGAUAUUAUACAGCAGCAGAGCUGAAGCCUUACCUUGAACGACCUCCUCAAGAUUCAAAUGCUCCUGGAGCUUCUGGGAAAGCUUAUAAACCUGGAAAACUUACCCCAGAAGAAGAAGAAGAACGAGAGCGUGGAGACAAGAAACACUGUUUUAAUGCAUUUGUUAGUGAUCGGAUUUCGUUGCACCGUGAUUUGGGACCAGAUACAAGACCACCUGAGUAUGAAUAGCUAUUUUUUAUCAUAUUUAUUUAUUGUUUUUAAGACACUAGAAUGUAUUUAAUAUGGUUAAUCUUGUAAUGGAGGCAGGGCCAGAUUAAGAGCCCACUGGGCCUGGUGCAGACAAUUAUGACGGGCCUAAUUACAGAAUCGUAUCGACCAAAAACAGUAAAACACUCCAAAGCGUCAUGUAUCUGAUGGAGAUGGUGCUGGAGAGAAAGAAAACAGCUAUAAGAAAACACAUACCCUAGGCUAAUCUCUCACUAAUUUAUGUUUUCAUCUUUCAAGUAAAUCCAUAACCCCUAACAGCAGUGUCCAGUCAAGCAGGAAGUCUAUGGGCAUGGUAAAAGGGUGUGCCACUGACACAAAUCACGUAACCUGCCAAAAGGGGCGAACAUGCCCAAAAAGAGGAUAUGUCUGCCCAAAGAAUUAGGCCAGCCUGGUAUGAAUGCAUGUCAGGCUGCCUGCCAAUCAUGCAGCUGGCCAACUAAAGGCAUAGUAUGCAGACAGCACCCUGAGCUUGGCAUAAAUGCAUCUGAUGCGCUCGCUCAAUGCUUUCUAAGGACUGUCCCCUAGCACUCGCUGGUCCACUAGUCUCCUUACCUUCUUACUAGCAGGCAGAAGCUCCUGGUAUAUAGUCUGGGACAGAGAAAAGCUGUAUGUAAUGAGUGUAGAAGAAAGGGAACAUGCCACAGUGUUAGAGAGACCAAAGUCAGCAUUACCUUAAAGGAUCACUAUAGGGUCAGGAACACAAACAUGAAUUCAUGACCAUAUUGUGUUAACACCACCAUCUAGCCCCCCUGGGCCUCUCAUGCCUCCAUAAAUAUAGCAAAAUCUUACUGUAUUCAAGCCUGAAGCUGUAACUCUGCAUGCUAUUAGACUCAGAAAAACAAGCAGUCUGCUGACAUCAUUAGAAGUGGUGGCCUAAUCCAAUCACUGUGCUUCCCCAUAGGAUUGGCUGAGACUGACAAAGAGGCAGAUCAGGGGCAGAGCCAGCAUGAUUCAAACACAGCCCUGGCCAAACAGCAUCUCCUCAUAGAGAUGAAUUGAAUCAAUGAAUCUCUAUGAGGAAAGUUCAGUGUCUGCAUGCAGAGGGAGGAGACAAUGAAUGUUUGGAUGCAUUUUAGGCAGCCAUGACCCAGGAAGGAUCUCUAACAGCCAUCUAAGGAGUGGCCAGUGAAGUUAUCACUAGGCUGUAAUGUAAAGACUGUAUUUUCCCUGAAAAGACAGUGUUUACAGCAAAAAGCCUGACGGUAAUGAUUCUACUCACCAGAACAAAUUCAAUAAGCUGUAGUUGUUCUGGUGACUAUAGUGUCCCUCUAACUAUAUUCAUUGUCAGCCAGUCCACACCAGUUUUGUUCCCAUACCUCUUAAGUUUCCAUACUUAAGUAAGAGUAUGUGAAAAGUAGUUAGGGUUGCCACCUUUCUUGGAAAAAACAUACCGGCCUUGCUAAUUUGCAUAAUUAAAUAUGUAUGGGUGACAUCACAUGAUGUAAAUCAUAAGGAGUGACAUAAGAGAAAAUGCUGUAAAAUAACCAAAAAACUACUUAGUUUGAUUCUGCUGCAUAGAUGGAUUCCUCCCAGUGCCCCCAUGUGUCAAUUACUCCAGGUCUCAGUGUUCCUAUGUAUCAUUGUCUCAGUGCCCCAUGUCUCCCAGUGUCCCCAUGUAUCCCAGUGUCCCCAUGUCACUAGGAAGACGGGAAGACCUGGGGACACGGGGAGACCUAGAGACACGGAGACACCAGUGACACUGGGAGACUAGGGGACUCUGGCUGGGACGCAUGGGGACACUGGGAAAAUAGGGGACACUUGAAGACAUGGGGAUACAGAUACCAGGGACACAGACACUAGAGACACUGGCUGGGGGACAUGGGGACAUUGUGAAACUUGAGUCACUGAGAGACAUGGAGGCACUAGGAGACAUGGGGACAGUGAGACACUGGCAGACUGGGGGCACUGGGAGACUAGGGGGCACUGAGACACCAGGGACACUGGCUGGGAGACAUGGGGACACUGUGUCCCCAUGUGUCUGUGUCAUAAUGUCUCCCAGACACUGGGAGACAUUAUGACACAGACACGUGUCUGUGUCUGCCAUAAUGUCUCCCAAUGUCCCUUAGUGUCUCAGUGUAUGUCUCCUUGCAGCCUUUCCCCCCACCCCUCGCUUCCCUGAUCUGUAGGCUGUCUCUGCAGGGUGGGAGUUGCUGUCUGGACUCUCUGCAGCUGCUCCCCUGCAGAUCAGUGAGUAUAGAUAGGCAGGGAGGGAUAUGCUGGAACUUCCUAUCCCUGCCUGUCUCCACACACAGCGACCCCUUCUGGCCAGUGCUGGUAUUGCAGAGUAAUCUCCAUUUAUACUGAGAAAAAUACCAGCAUUUGUAUUGCCUGUAUCACUGCAAUAUUGGCACUAGCCAGGCAGCCUCAAAUACUGGCUGUGCCAAUAAAAUAAAAGCCAGGUGGAAUCCCUAAGAGUAGUGUGCAGCUCCAUCAGCCCCUAUGUUAAUCCGGCCCUGAAUGGAGGUUACAAAAAUUAAGGGGAAAGGUUGUAAAUCUGUCACAUAAGUUCUAAAAUUGGAGGAAUUACAAUAGAAUCCAAUAUAAUUAGCAGGAACAUUUCAUGUGUUCCCACGAUGUAUGCAUCAAAACAAUUUAGACAAAAAUUCCUACUUGCUAGUCUGCCUUAACUUUAAAAGGUUCAAAAAACGCUAUGGAAACAAUAUUAGUAUAUAAGAAUAUAAUACCUCAGUUAUUCCCCCCACCUGCUUUGCUGCGGGUCAGUGGGGUAUUUCUCUAAACAGCAAGUAGCCAUUAAAUAAUGAAGUUGGACAGCUCACUGUCCACCUUCUAGUUCCAGUCUCUGGCCAGUAGGUGGGGGCUCUAUUUGAAAAAAAAAAAAAGAAAUGCAGGGGUACAGUCAAAAAUCCUCCCCAGCUCCCACCCAUGAGUGGAGGCUGAGGAAGCUAUAAUGUGGGAGAGCCACAUUGUUUUCCUAGCCCACACAUAUGGGUGAUCAGUGGGGGUUCUUAUUUAAUAAACACAGGGACAUCCCACCGACCCUUCCCAGCCCCAACCCAUGGGCUAUGGAAACAGGCUAUAUAAAAAGUAAUUAAGGGGGUGGACAUGCUAUUGUCCUUUCCUAAACUCCUACACAUUGGCUUUGGGUAUGUAGAGAGAUAUUAAAACAAAUAGAUGUAGAAAUGCUACUGUCCAGUGCCCCACCUGGCCCGUGGAUUUUUGGUUGGGGACAUAAUGACAAUAGGGAGGAUGGAUUUGCAUUCCUAGUACCCCCAACCUCCCCAGGCUACAAAACAUUUUUUUGGUGUUUUUAGGGAUCACAAUUUAACCUUUUGUGUACAAUUCAUGACAGGUGCAUUGAGCAGAAGUUUAAGCGGUGUCCACCUCUUCCCACUACGAGCAUUAUAAUUGUGUUUCACAAUGAAGCAUGGUCCACGCUGCUCCGAACUGUUUACAGCGUCAUGUAUACAUCUCCUGCUAUACUUCUUCAUGAAAUCAUUAUGGUGGACGAUGCCAGUGUAGAUGGUAAGUUACUAGCUAUUAACCACACAAUCGUUAAAAUUACAUGUCAAAUUCCAUUUUGUUUUUGUGUUUUGUUUUUGUUUUUCUAUCAUGAAAAAAACAUUAAGCCUUGUGCUAUGGUACUGAGAUAUAAUAUCAUAAUUGAUUAUUCUUUGUCUCAGACUUAUGGAAAAUUAAAUCCGGAUGGCAAACUUGAGGGAAACAUUUCCAAGUUGUGACACUUUUUAGACGUAAGGUCUGGUAUUUGUGUUGCUUUAUAGACUUGGUGCCCUGUAUUUGUCAAGCUCUAAUUAAUAUAUUCAUAGUUAGAGCACUCUGUAAUUAAAGGGACUCUCCAGUGCCAGGAAAACAAUCGGUUUUCCUGGCACUGCAGGUCCCCUCUCCCUCCCACCCCUCAUCCCAAGUUGCUGAAGGGGUUAAAACCCCUUCAGUGACUUACCUGUACCCAGCGCCGAUGUACCUUGGCGCUGGUUCAGGGUCCGCACACGCUUCUCCCCCGCCAACGGCAAUGCCGUGCACGCGCCUUAGACCUCCCCAUAGGAAAGCAUUGAAAAAUGGGGAUUUCAGUGACACUGGAGGUCCUCACAUAGCGUGAGGACGUCCAGCAACGCUAUAGCACACGGGGGAGUUAACCCUGCAAGGUAAAUAUUGCAGUUCAUGAAAACUGCAAUAUUUACAGUUGCAGGGUUAAGGGUAGUGGGAGUUGGCACCCAGACCACUCCAAUGGGCAGAAGUGGUCUUGGUGCCUGGAGUGUCCCUUUAAAAUAUUUGCCUCUAAACUUGAUAAAGUUUCAAGUUCAGCUUUUUAUAUUCCCUGAAGUCUGUGAUUUGUUUUGUUUCUGAACACACACUAUUGUGCAGCAUGAUGCUUUGCUGAAUAAUCAGUUUUUAGGUUUUCAGUUUUCCUGCCAGGGAAAAUGUUCAGCUCUUCAAUUUUUUAAGACCAGUCAUACGUAGCCAGUCCUCUGUGUUCCAGAGUGACAGCACAGGGAAUGUGUCAGACUCAGUAGGAGGUACUUUCCCUGGUCUUUUAUCCCCUGACACUAAGCAACAAUAGAAAGUGUGAUUCAAUGCCUCUGCCCCGCAGAGUGUACUACAAGGCAACAUACAUUUUGUAAAUUAAUCUCUUUAACAUGACUCUACACUUCAUAGCCUCUUUUGUCCAUUACACAUUGAAUGCUGGAAGAAGCACCCUGUCUCUCCUUCCACUCCUAUAAUUCCUAAUAGGGACAGCGGCUUUCAAAAAGCACUUUAUCUAUAUGCCCACCUGUACUAUGUCCUUUUUAGCUAAAUAUGUCAUCAUUAGGGUGUCUAAAGGAAGAUGUCCUCCAUGGAAAACACUAUCCAUUUUUAUGGCAAUCCAAACAUGCCAAAUAUAAUGGUUUUGGUGUUUUCCACCUAUUAUUGUCCUGCAUAACAUUUAUGGGAAGUGUACAGUAGUUUUCCUGGAAUUGACAGAUCCUGGGAAAGAGCUAUGAUAGAAGUGGUCCUUGCAUUUUGUGUAGAGAUUGUACAUGCUUCCUGUGAGCAUUUUGUACCUUUUCGAAUGACUAAUUUUAUUAUGUUUCUUUUCUUUGUUUUUUGUUUUCUUUUUCUGUUUUUGUUAUUAUUAAUAUUGUCCAAAAAUUUCAAUAAAAAAUAUUAGACAGAGAUUGCACAUCUGGCAUUGUGCCAAACUAAGUAAAAAAUAAAAUAAAAUGAUUAAUUUUUUUAAAUUUUUUUUUUUUUAUUCAUUCAGAAUAUUUGAAAGAUAAACUGGAUAAGUAUGUGGAGCAAUUUCGAAUCGUGAAAGUGGUCCGGCAGAAGGAAAGGAAAGGUCUCAUUACAGCUCGAUUGCUGGGUGCUUCUGUAGCAACUGGUGAUACUUUGACAUUUUUAGAUGCACACUGUAAGUAUCUAAUUGCUUUCACUGCUGGAAGUUUCCUUAAGGUUGACAUCACUAAUAGCUUUGUUCAUUAAAUAGCAUAUUGACUUAUCAUAUUCUUAUUCUUGUCAUAACUUUUGGAAGUUUGUUUAUUUAUAUUUUUGCCCCUCACAAUUCACAGUUUUAUAUAAUAAACCCUGUGUUGGAUUUUAAUGGUUGAAUGGAACGAAACAUUUGAUUUUCCAGUCAGUAUAAAUGAUAAUUCUAACUACCAGGAAAUUUAUCUGGAGUACAGAGCAAGGGCAACAAAAAUGCAUUAACAAUUAUUAUUUUAAUUCUUGAAAUCAAUUAUAUAUUCUUUAAGAAUACUAUAAUGUCCUUCUCAUCAUAACAUCACCAGUAUGUACUUGGAAACCAGAGUAAUCUGAAUAUACCAUUCCUAGUUAAACACUUUGUUACAAUUAUUAAUAUUAUUAUUGUUAUUAGAACAUCAAACAAACACAAAUUGGAAGUUGGUAGUUUUUUGUAGUUUGUUUUUUCUCUUUACGUUUUCUUUUUUACCUGGCCCGUGGAGGGGAAAGGAAACACACUAAAUGGAUACCUAAAAUUAGGUUUGAUACUACUGUUGAGCUUUCAACCUCCUGUUAUCAAGACCAUUACAUUUUAUUUUCAAAUCUCUCUCUCCUUUUGAUGUCUCUUACCAGGUGAAUGUUACUAUGGUUGGCUAGAACCCUUGCUGGCACGAAUUGCAGAAAAUGACACCGCUGUUGUCAGUCCAGACAUCGCCACCAUUGAUCUUAAUACAUUCGCAUUUAGCAAUCCGUCACCCUAUGGUAAUAAUCACAACAGAGGGAAUUUUGACUGGAGCCUUUCAUUCGGUUGGGAAUCUCUUCCCAGCGCAGAAAGCAGGAGACGGAAAGACGAGACCUACCCAAUAAAGUAAGACUUGCAUAUCUUAUGUCAUGUUCUGCAAAUUUGUUUUUGCCUUCGCUCGGAUAUGACUUAGUGUAAGCAGGUGUCAUGAAUACACCAGGCAUGGGAAUAUCAAAAUCGGGCACUUGAUUGAGCAUGAGAAAUUAGCCCAGAUGAUAAAUUAUUUCAUUACAUGUUCUUGCUUUUCUAAUGGUGGAUAGUUAUACACUUCUAGUCAUCAAAGUGGAAUUAUGCACUGAAUAUAGUUUUAUAUGACAUGAGUGUGAUAUUCUGUGGAUAAAACUGUAAGUAUUACAUGCACUCUGUUAACGUUGUAAUACUUUUGGUUUCUGAAUUUUUCUAAUGAACAUAUGAUAUAAUUAAACAUUGUAUAUCAAUGUAGAAGUAUAAGCCUGGUUGUUUACUGUAAAAAGCAGCACAUGCUAAAAACACUGUCCACAGGCCCGACCAAGUUCAGGUAUAUUACAGACUUCUAUAAAGUUAAGGUUUCACCCAUGUAAUUAUCUUUGGUAUUGGACUAAUUACAGAAUGCCUGGCUCUUAGCCACUUGAUUUAUAUCCUCUAAGUGUGGGUUUCAGUUCAGCUAGGACCAUUAUAGGAGAUGAAUAGUUUGAAUGUAUCCUUGAGAAUGAAAGAAAAUGUUGGUGCAAAAUUCUGUAAGUGAAGCGAUAAACAGGAACAUUUCAAUAGUGACUGCUAUUACUUAGAACAUUUCCCCUCAAAUUAAUAUUUUCCUCAUUCUGUUAGGCUUGUAUGUCUAGUAAAGGAAUUGGGUAAGAAUACAUUAAAUAACUACAUCUUUCUAGAACAGGUUUUUGAUAAGUCCAGGUUAUCUAUGCCGUUGGUAAUGAUUUCAUUAAUUAUAGGACACCUACAUUUGCUGGAGGUCUCUUUUCUAUUUCCAAAGAAUACUUUGAGCACAUUGGCAGUUAUGAUGAAGAAAUGGAAAUAUGGGGUGGAGAAAAUAUUGAAAUGUCUUUUAGAGUAAGUAUAUCCAGAGUUGAAGUAGUGAGUCCUUGAAAUAUGCGGCCGCUCAGAAAACAUUGUGUAAAAGAGAGGAGUUCCUUUAAACCAGUCAAACUUGAUUUACUAUUUUUGGAUAAGCUUUUAAAAUAUUUUUUUCCUUCAAAAUAUCAAAAGUAAUUUUUUUAUAUAUGAUAUUUUAUCAAAUUAUUAAAAUACUAUUAAUUAUUAAAGCACUUAAAAAGCGUAUCCAAAAAUAUUAAAUUGAGGCCCGAGUUGGAAGAUACUUAACUACAAGGUCUGAAAUGUAUGAAUAAGCUGAAUUAUGGAUUAUCCAUUAUUUACGCACUACAAUAACAUUCAAUAUUGUAUAGAUUGCUACAGAAGGUUUUUGUAGAGUAGAGGAACAGUAGUAAUGGUACAUGUGGGAUUGGUAACCUUUGUAAAUGCUGGUGUUGAGUCAGCUGGGUUUUUAGAUACACUAGAAGUAAAUUUAACUCAAGGCAGUGUGCUUAGUUUUUGGUCAGAGUUAAAACUAUUCAGUUUCAAAAAUGUUUUAGAUGGGGAUAUGCCAUCUGAGAUGCCAUUAGACUCUAACUAAUAGAGUUCAUUCUAGAUUUUUAGGACAGAAUAAUAGGGUCUCAUAUGGAAAGUUUGAUAAGUAAUGCCAUUCAACACUACCAUCAUGAUGCAACCAAAUUGUCCAGAUUUUUAUGUGUUUAGAGUACUACAAUUUUUUUUAUUAGAAUUAUACUAAACCAAAAACACUCUCUAGUAUAGAAUUAUGUUCAUAAUAGUAUAGAAGAUAACUAAAUUGGUAGUCCUCUUUUACCGUUGAUGUCUCACUAUGAGAAGACAGGUUCUCCUACUAAUAUUAAGUGUAUAUUUCAAAACCUGCUUUUUAAUGGUUAUACACAAUUUCUUAGAACUCUCAAGAAUUGUUUGGGUUUAGGGUCUCAUUUUGAAGUUAUCUCGAAGAUUUCUGGUGUAUUUCUAGAAUAUUCAGUUGAACAGAAUCUCUCACUUCUAGAUAAGUUACAUUUUCUUGUUCCUUCAUCAAAGUAAAUGCAAUUGCUGUGUUUAAUGGGGUGAACAAAGCAGCAUAGAAAAAUUAAAUUGAAAAAAUGUAUUUAUCUAUGCAGCACUUCUGUAUUCUGACAGAGGCUAUCAUCCCGUGAUGCUUAGGGCACUCAUGUACUCUUGGGUGUUUGUGGAGAAAUCCUAUAGGACUGCAAGGACUCUUGGCAGUUUCUCCAGCAGUGCCAUAUGUGAGCAUGCACCUUCCUUAUGGCAUGGUGGGUGCCACCUAAUUUGCAUGCUUUGACUGAUAUGCCCAGCAAAGCAGUUCUACUAAAAUCAAAAUUAAUCCAUAAGAAUUAAAAAAAACAAAAACGAAAGGCCAACUUUUAACUAUUUGGUCAUUUUGGAAGAGUCCUUUCCUUUUCAUGAAAAUAUUAGAUUCAGAGAUGCCACUUUUAGGUUUUGUUUUUUAGUUUAUCUGGAUGAACGAAAAGCAGUCAUUCUUGCAACUGCUGAAGGAUAAAGUACGUUCCUCGUUUAUUUUUUGUUUUAAUUAUUUGUAGACAAAAUUACAUUUGUAUUCUAGUUUUCUGGAUCUGUAAGUAUAGACCAUGCUGAAAUUCAACUGGAUUUAGAAUUCUUAACAGCCACUUCGGGUUCUGAUGAGUUCUUAGCCUAGUUUUGUCAAGUGGUUAAUAAUUAAAAUUAAAUCCAUCAUUUUGUGGAGUUAGGUUGCAUUAAAUGGAACGUUUUCCCAUAGAAGAUGUCCAUUUCUCUCUGUCUGCAGCAGUCUAUAAUCAUUCUGAAGGCAGUAAAGAUGACAAAUGAAACACUUCCUGUAGAGUCCAUUACGAUUGUCUUAUUUUUACUCAGACUGAAGCAAAAGAACGUAUCUCCUAAACUGUAAGCCCGGCCAAAACCUUAUUGACCUUUUUUCUGUUCCUUGUGUUUGUUGUUUGUUGUUUCAUCUACAUAAUGUAUAGUGCUUCAGAUUGUAUUGAGUAUAUAAAUGAAAGUCACAUAAAAAAUUGUAUGUGUAUACCUCGAUGUUUGUGCAUCCAAAUAGCAGUUCUAUGACCCAUUGCCACUGCUCAUUAUAAAUAAAAAGGCUUGUUUGUCUGUGUAUACCUUUUAUUGUCAGAGUUCCCGUCAUUGUGAACAAUAAUCUUCCCUUUUAUAGAGUUGUAAAUACGAGGAAUUUGUAAAUACGAGGAAUUUCAAGUUGUUCAACACUACUGCUAUAGAAAGGUUAAAUAAUGUGUGGGAUAAAUGCUUCUCCAUGCAGUAAAUUAUCAGGUGCUUCUAUUCAGUGAAUAUGAUUGAUAUAGAAUAACUGGGUUUGAUAUGCUGUCAAACUGCAUCUCUGCACAGUUGCUUUUGUCUGGGAAGGCAUACACAGAUUUGGUGUUUAGUUAUGUCUGGAUUUGUCUCAGAUACAUGUGUUGAGCUGUGAAUUAUAUACAAUUAGGACAUAAGAAUGUUUCACAGAUUGGUGCCUAAAUCGUUCUGGUAUGAUCAUGAAUAAUACUACAGUGUCAAUUAUUUUUAUUUAUACUCAAAGUUAAUACAACAGUGACAUUGGCUCUGCAGCUGUUGGUCACCCGGCCCAUUCAUUCAUAGGUUAUUCACCACUGUUACAUAAGGUUUCAUGAGCUGUGCUUUUUCAAAAUGUAUUUUCUAUUUCCCUUCUGACAUGCUCAGAAAGUUAUUUUCUUCCAGUGAACAAGCUUGUUUGUGACCGAGAAUGUAAUUGUGCCACUCUGUGAAAUUAUCUGUUCUAUUUUUACAGUUAGAAAAAUCCCACUAGGGCAGUUAAACUUCAGAUUUUUUUUUUUAUUUCAUUUUUUUUCAUCAGAACUGUGCACUUAAUAAAUGGAUGUCACAUGUUCCGAGAACAUUAUAUAACAGUCACAGUGAGAAUUCAGAAAUAAAUAACCACUCCAUCACAAUUAGAGAAUGGUAUCCCUAAAAUAUAAAAUUCCAUGUUCUAGCUCAAUUCCACUGUAGACAUUUGAGGACUUCAGUUCCCAUGUUGCUAGGCCAUUCUUAAUGACCGCUGUGCAUCAAAAUUAUUCUUCAGGGUUGGCCAUAGAUGGGCAGAUCAUUAUUGGCAUGACCAGCAAAUUCCAACUAAAUUGAGUUAUUGUUUUACACAGUGGUAUAUUGUAGUAAAAAAUAUUUCUUUUAAAAAGGGAAGGACCGAUUGUGUUUGUGCAUUGUUUAUCUCAAUCUGUUCACAAACCAUAGUAAUGCUUCAGUUUUUGUGGCAGUAUUUUUUGACUGAUUGCUGGAUAGUCAUUUGUGUGUAAAAUGUAUUAUUUGUUGUGUUACUGUUUUUAAAGGGUCAAUGAAAAUAAUUCUUACUAUUAUCGGGCAUUAUUGAAAUAUAAAUGUUUCCUCUCUUGGAUCUGAUGGACAAACAUGGUAGCUGCUAAUCAACCCUGGCUUCAGACGAAUUUACAGAACAUUAUUUUCACUGUGUGUAAAACAAUCACCAAUUGCAAUGUAAAUUGUAUGCACAAUGACGCCCCUUAAAGUCUCCAGCCACGAACAUUAAUUUCUGCCUUAUGUUUCAUCUCAAUUUAUAUAAAGUGUGCCAAAGCUUGGUUAUAAAAUUGUGGGCAAUUCUCUAUUUGUCUUGUCUUCGAGUAAAGGUAAUUGUUUGGCUGUUUGUUGAUGAAGCAACUUGAUAAAUAAAUUAAGAGAAAUAACAAAUUAGAUAUAUGGCUUUAUAAUUUUAUGACUUGGUGUACUCUGCAUUUUGUUGCAAAUUAUGUUGUUUGCUUUGUGCUUCUCAGAAUUUUGGCAGGCUUCAGUGUAGAAUGUAAUAGUGUGCCCCCUGGUGGGGAUACUCAUAUGGCACCAUUUAAAUAAAUUGGAAAGUUAAAACCGCAACCUUACCAGUACCAGGAUAGGAUAACCACCAGAAAAUGUCCUGGUGUCCUCGUUGGCAAAUUCGGCUCUGAACACUGGAUGCAUUAAUACAAACCAAACCUCCAUCAGGAUAUUACUACACGAAAACCCAAUUGUUUUCUCCUGUAUGUAUAGAGAAUUAUGUAAACCAACCUCCUUACUGAUCACCUACUAAAUGUUUUCCUUCAUAUUUCAGUUGUCCAUGUGUGCAAAUUAGGACAAUAAACUAAGUACAAGCUUUGUUUACUGACAUUAACGGCUUUUUUUUUUUUUUUUUUUUACCAACUUAGGUUUGGCAAUGUGGUGGCCAGCUGGAAAUAUUGCCAUGUGCUGUUGUUGGUCACGUUUUCCGCAGCAAGAGUCCGCAUACAUUCCCUAAGGGUACCCAAGUUAUUGUGCGGAAUCAAGUUCGACUAGCUGAAGUUUGGAUGGAUGAUUAUAAGGAAAUAUUUUAUCGAAGAAACAGAGAAGCAGCUAAUAUUGUCAAAGAGGUGGGGUUUUCUUAUUAUUUAUUUAUAAUUUAUUAAAUUUAUAUAAAAUAUUGUACAGCUGCAUUUUCUUGCACUAUAAUAUGCUCUCCAUUAUCAAUGUAAAUGGACAUCUCUAAUAAUAAAGCUGUUUGAUUUACUUUUGCUAGUUAAGUUGACAUGAAUGGAAAUAUGUACAGCACAGUUCUCUGUUGUAAGACUCUAUGCAUACCUUCAACUUUUAAUAUUAAAACCACUUUAGGUGUGCAUUCGAGCAGGGGUUCCUAAAAGGUAGAUCCUCAGAUGUUGUAGAACUACAAAUCCCUGAUGCUUUGCAUGUCUUUAGAAUUAUUUUAGAAUGACAAAGCAUCAUGGAUGCUGUAGUUUUAAAACAUCUGGGGAUCUACCUGUUGGGCACCCCUUUAUUAAAGUUUAAAGGCACACUCUCAGUACCAAAACCACUACAUCUUAAUGUUGUGGUGUUAGUACAAGCAUGCUGCCCCUUUUCUCUCACAAAUGUAAACAACACUAUUUCUAAGAAACUGAAAUGUUUACAUGCCUCCAAGGGCUGCCAGCCACUAGAGAUAUUUUCUCAAAAAGACUAAGAUCUUUACAUUCUGUAUCUUCACACAUAGCAGGAUGACUACUGUCAUGCUUCUCACAGGAGGAGUACUGGAUUCAAUACUUCUCUGUGAAAAACAUCUGACUAGAGCAGUGUUGCAAGUGCCGCCCAUGCAUGUAGGUUACCAUUGCACUAGAAAAAAGUAAUCAAGGGUGACUUUUCCAGAGAGACUGUAGAUGCUCCGAGAAGACUGAUCUGGAGGUGGAUUUAAGGACAGUUGUUUUGAACCUAGUGUUCAUUAAAGCAUUUAGUAUUUGGUGUGUGUGUGUGUGUGUGUGUGUUUUCUUUUUCUAUUAUCAUUAGUUCCCCUAAUCUUUUCUUCAUAUUUUGUUUCCUGUACAUGACAGAAAUCCUAUGGAAACUUGUCCAAGCGACUUGAUUUGAGACAUAGCCUGCAGUGUAAGAAUUUUACGUGGUAUCUAAAAAAUAUUUAUCCUGAAAUUUAUAUACCAGAUCAAAAUCCUCUUAUAUAUGGAGAUGUAAGUACUUCAAUUUACACAUUUAUUUUCAUUAUAAUUCAUGUAUGUAUAAAAACAAAAAAAAACCUGCAAUUCUUAUUUAUUAUUCUUAUUUACCACUAUGUGGAGUAACUGCUCAUGCUAAGAAUUGGACCAAGCAUGGUCUUUAAAGACUAGAUUGAUUUGAUAACCUCGACAGACAUUUAAAUGGCUUCAUUAAAACAGUCUUCAUAUGAGAAUCAUGUAUAACAACACUGUUGGGAAAUAGUCUGUGUAUCUUGGUUAGGUACCCAAGUACACACAUCUCCACAUCGUUUACACUACAAUAACGGUAACUGCGUGCUAGGUUUUUGCUGGAUGUUUGUUCACAUUAAAUAGAGUUUCACUGUUUUGUUGGUGGUCUACUACAGUUAGUGAGUACACUGUUGGCAAAUUGAGAUUCACAAGGAAGUAACAUUUUUAAAUAUUUCUAUAACAUUCAAAAUUGGGCAAAUAAUUUAAUUGUGAAUAAAAUAGCUAGAUUUUCCAUACAUCAACAUUACCUAUACUUAAAGGGACACUAUAGUCACCCAAACAACUUUAGCUUACUGAAGUAAUGUUGGUUAAAUGACCAUGCUCAAUUGCCUGCAUAUGAUUUGCACUGCCUUUUUAAACACUUCAUGUAAAGAGUAGUCUAAUGUGUACACUUGCUUUAUUGCACAUUAAUUUCAAUUUUAUGAUUUCUUAUCUCCUGCACUGUUAAUAGCCUUCUAGACCCUGCAGGAGCCUCCUGUGUGUGAUUAAAGUUCAAUUUACAGAGCAGGAGAUAUAAACGCCUAAAGCAAUUUGUCUAAAGCAAUUUAACAUCUGAUUUGAAAAUUAAUUUUUUUUUCAUGCAUGCUGUGUCAGUCACAGCCAGUGGGGGUGUGGCUAGAGCUCCAUAACCAAAAAAAAUUUGAUUUAACUCCUACAUAGCAGAGGUUUGAGCAGUGACACUGCAGGGGCAUGGUCGCUACACCAAUAGUGCUUCAUUAAAGGAACACUAUGGUGCCAGAAAUACAAAUGUGUAUUCCUGACACUAUAGUUGUAAAAUAAGUUUAGAUCACUGGGCACCCUUACCCUCCUCCCCUCCCAGGUAAAAGUUGAUUUUUUUUUUUUUUUUUUCAAGCACUGUGUGUGUCCACUUUAAAAAAAAAAAGUACAUAAUGCCUCUGUGGAUUUUUUUUCACUGCAGCACAAAGCAAGCAUACCCUAAAUGCAGCCUACAUCAAUUGUAGGUAUUGUUGAGCAUAAUUUGCCAGGCUACCUAUUUUUAUAAAAAAAAAUCCUAGCCAGCAUGCCAUGGCUUACACAUCACACAGCACGUGUCAACCUUGACUAUGCAGCCUUACUGUUGAUUGCUUUGUUUGCCAGAGAACUUGCUGUGCCCUAAUGACCACCUCUGAUAAUGUGCAGCAAUAGUGCUGCAUUGCUAUGGCAAGCAGAAUUCACUUAAUAUAUUCCAAUUUAAAUAAAGCAUGGAACAUACAAAUUCCCUUAUUUUUACUACAAACUAUCUAAACUGGACUGACUGUAUGCAAAAUAAAACUUAUAGAAUGUAUUCAUUAGACUGAUCCCUGUUUCCAGUGUGUCUCAGUUGCUUUAAAGGGACUCUCCAGUGCCAGGAAAACAAACACAUUUUCCUGGUUAAAACCCCUUCAGCUACUUACAUGAAUCCAACGCUGAUGUCCCUCGGCGCUGGGUCAGGCUCCUCCCCUGCCAACGUCAACUGGCGAGGGAGACCUAAUGCGCAUGCGCGGCAAUGGCCGCGCGCAUUGGCCCCCCUCCCCAUAGGAAAGCAUUAUAUAAUGCUUUCCUAUGGGAAAAAUCUAACGCGGGAGAUCAGUGAGGACGUCCAGCAUCAGACAACCGACCAAAAGUUUAUUUGGAUUCCGGAAGCCCUCUAGUGACUGUCUGAUAGGCAGCCACAGAGGGCCGACUUAGAGCUGUAAUGUAAACAUUGCAGUUCUCUGGAACUGAAAUGUUUAACAUUAAGUGCAAUAGGGCCACAGCAUCAAGACCACUUCAAUUAGCUUAAGUAGUCUGGGUGCCUGGAGUGUCCCUUUAAGAAGACUUUGACACUACUGUAGACUACUGACACUACUGUAGAUUACUGUAUUUGUAGACAGUUUAUUUGGAUCUGAAGAAUGUGAUACUUCUGUUCCAACCAAUUGGAACCCAUUAAUCUGGCUUGGGAACCCACUAGUUGGUAAUGACCUGCAUGGGAUGAAAAUCAUUGUUAAAUAUCUAAACAAAUAAAAGAACACAUCUAACUUUAACAGUAUAUGUAGUUUAAUACAAUGUUAAACAAAAAUCUGCACACCAGUCAAGCCAUAAGACUUGCUUUUCCCACAGAAAUCACAAAUUUGCAGUGAUGCUACUACUGCAAAGGAUUCUGGGUGGGCAUAUGCAAAUUAGUUUAACAACAAAUCACAUUUUUGCCUCAUUCCAUUAUAUAUACAAUGUAUUUAUUUUAAAUGUUUCUUUGUAAUACUGUUUGAAAACCAGUUAUUGAUUGUGUCUUCUAGAUAAAAAACAUAGGCAGAGAGUUGUGUUUGGAUGUUGGAGGUGAUAAUCAUGGCGACAAACCUCUCAUUCUUUACAGCUGUCAUGGACUUGGAGGCAACCAGGUAGAGAACCCGAUUUAUUUAUUUUCUCAAGAGUCUCCAGUUUGCAGAAAAAAAACUUAAUUUUGAAAGUAAAAGCACCGAGUUCUGGUUUUAAUGUUUACAUAUGUUUAUUAAGUUCGUUCUUUCUACAAGUUCGAACAACCUGCGCAUACAGCUGAAUAUUGAAGGCAGCUAAAGGAACCAAAACCAGAGUUCCAUUCCAGUUAAAGAUAUGUGAGAUGAAAGGAGGGUGUAGUACCCUUGGGGAAUUCUCAGAUGUUGAUAAAAAUGUAAAACAUGAGGAAGUGUAUGACAAAAUAUGGUGAUUCUUGGUGCAUCAAAAAUACUACACUUACUACAUUAGGUGACAUUAUCACCCACUACUAAUUGAAAGUUAGUUCUGUAGGCUUUAGGAAGAAUAAUGAAGCAUAAGGAAAUAUUUUAAGGAUGAUUAAUAGACGAGGAGACAGAUUCUAUCUAACAUGCCACCGAAAUGGAUCUGCUUAGAUGAAUAAAUCCCCAACUGAAUUAGUCUUUUUUUUAUAAACAUUAAAUUUGGUUUAAAACUUAGCAGUAAACAACUUUGAUUUAUUAUUAAGUUACUUAUGUAAUUGAAAAUGUAUGUAUGUUAUAUAGUGAAAGGUUGCAUGAAAGUACUAAAUCUAGGUUUUAAGGUGGACCUGACAAAGCAAUACAAAAAUGUAGAACUCUGUGUAUGGAUGAGUCUAAUUCAGGCCUGGACUGGCCGUUGGGCAAACUUGACAAAUGCACGGUGGGCCACAAAGGCCAUGGACAGAGGCCAACAAAAGGGUCUCCCCAGCUGGCCCAUGCAAAGUCAGCCUUACUGUCUACCUUCUCGGGCUAGGUGGGGAGAUAAAAGCUCUCAUACACCGACCCACUAGCAUUUUGUUGAGGAAAAGAGUAACAGCUCAAUAGUCCUCUUGUGAACAUGGAGUGUUGCAGCGGUUACCGCGGCAACGCUCGAACACAGAACUUAGCUAGGGAAGGGGAUAUUUAAAAAAAAUAAUAAAUAUAAUUGCUCCCUUCUCACUCCCCCACACAAUAUAGACUUUAUACCACCAAACAUGCAUGCAUGCAUUAUAAGGGUGCUGCUGGUGCCAAUUUAUACAACAUACACGAUCCAGCACACUCACUCAUUCACUUCCUAUAUAUAUGUGUGUAUGUAUGUGUGUGUGUGUGUGUGUGUGUGUGUAUAUAUAUAUAUAUAUAUAUAUAUAUAUAUAUAUAUAUAUAUAUAUAUAUAUAUAUAUUCUGUGAGACUUGAGAUUGAUGUUUAAUGAAUGAGCAAUUGCACUGGAUCUUGUAUGUUGACACACACACAAACACACACACACAAGUGUUGCAUUUAUAAUUUUGUUCAGUUUAUGUUGUAUGAAUAUAUAACAUUUUUAAGAUAAGGUAUUGAAAGGUUACUAUUAAGGCGUUAUUGACCUCAUCUCGUUGAGAAGAUUCACAAGUGUGCUGAAAACUAAUCGUUAAGUUAAUUAGUGCCUUAAACUAUAUUUGUUUGAUAUCAAGCUAUACUUUAUUUUUAUCUAGUUUUUUGAAUAUACAGCAAAUCAUGAAAUUCGCCAUAAUAUUCAAAAGGAGUUGUGCCUUCGUCCUAGUAAGGGACCAGUGCUUCUAAAGGAUUGUGGGUAUCAAGGCAUGGGUACAUCUGUGAAUCCUGAAGAGAAAUGGGAAUUACUAAAGGUAUACUUUUCUAAUUUUAUGUUUACUUUAUACAAAAUACAAUUACUGGUGUAAUAUCCAGUUUACCUUUUAAUUUGUGUUGCUGUUUGCAUGACAGUGCUUCUCUGUCCACUCUAGACUGAAUGAUCAAGUGAAUGUCAUAUUAUUUCUAGAAUCGUAAAUAGACGCGGACACAACUGCUUAAGUAGACAGUCUGAGCCUGUGAAUGCUUUGGAUAAUAACAUGGUGCAUGGUACUUAGAGCACCCCGAGCCCAUGCUCAUAUCUGAGAAUGGCAUUAAGCAGUAACGAUUUGCAAAACAUUUUGCUGGCAUUAGACGGUCAACCAGCACUGUCAAGCAGGAAGCUUUUAAUACUUUGUCUUGGGCUGCCUGUGGUACUUGUGUUCUCAUUGUAAAUGCAGUAUGAAAAUGGGGCAUGCACAAUAUGGAAGGUUGUUCCUCUCGCUCCCUAGAGAGACCUAAGCCAAGUACUACACAUGCGCGGUCUGCAGCUUUCCCCAUAUUAAAACAAACUGGUUUCUGAAACUGUCACCUUGGCUGUGUAUAAACAGGUAUGUGGUAUGGUUGCUGACAGUUUAUUGAGCAGUUAUGUGGUUUUCAUUCCACUAUGUGAAAAAACUAAUGGAGCAACAACAUUCAAGGUAUGGUUUAAGCAGUGCAUGUAAGGAAAAAACAAAACAUGAUUUUAGCCAUUUUUCAAACUUGCUGCUUGCCUAUUUAUGAAGAAUACUGCUGUGAGUGUGGAAUGUUGUUAUAUUCAAUAAACCCCAGAACUGUUGUGGGAUAUGUUAAGUGCCUCCAUUUACAAAAUGGGUGGACUGUCUUCGGAUGCAUUACUUCCUGGAUUAGUGGGAGAAACAUCAACCACUUCCCAGUCCCUGUUGAGCUGCAGCUAUUUAUCUUUACAUAAUUAAUUAAAAACAGAAGCCAAAUCCAAUCUGGAGUGUCCUUUUACCAUUUUACAGAAUAAUGAACAUGGUUUUUUUUGUACUUUUAUAGCACUUACUGGCUACUGGCAUAUAGGUAGAAAGAACAGCUAUGUAAUUCAUUGAAAUGUUUCCACGUGCAUCCCACAAUGCUGGUCUCAGACUGAUAUGAUUCUACAUUGUUGCUCAAUGUGCGUGGGAUGUGACGGCAUCUCAUUGAACAGCAAACAUAAGAAUAUCUUUUUAUCUAGCGGUAAAUGUAAAAUCUUUUGUAUUGCACAGAAUCUUGGAAAGUAAUCCAUUCAAUGUCCAUCUUGCUCUGAACAUAUUUUGCCUAGACUGUCUGACCUUUUGUAUACCCGUGUGGCAUGCAAUACCUGGUAUUUUCUUUUUAAUGCUUUGCAAUCCCUGCCGCUUCACUUGGCAUGGAAAGUACUGAUUAUUGAUAUGUUUGUGCCAACACAGCUUUCCACAAUAGUGUACUUAAAAACCACACUGCUAAAGUUGGAAUCCUAUAUCAAUUACUAAAUAGUAUGUGAUUCUCACUCUGAAUGUUGUCAUUUUUUUCCAGGAUCAAUUGCUGUUCAGUCCUGCAUUUAACAUGUGCCUUACAGCGAAUGGAGCCAACCCGCACCUCAUACCAUGUAACCCUUCCGAUCCUUUCCAACAGUGGAUUUUCCGACAGAGUGAAUAA